UUUGCUUCUCUGCCCCGGUCCAGUGGAUUUGGCGGACCCCACCGCCGCCAUCUUCAUUGGUAUGUGCCUGGGUUUGAAAACAAGCCCCGCCCGGCCAUGACGUCACGUGCAGCUGUGGAGCGACAAAUACACUGAUGCUUUAUAACCCCAUCUAAAGACACAAUGUCGGUCACAAAAGCAGCUGUCAAAGCGGUUCAUCUAGGAAGGAUCUCCUACCACAGUGCCUUGAAAAUACAGCAGCAGCACAUACAGCAGCAUCUGGAUUCAUCCAGCAACAUCCCAAACACGUUAUUACUCUGCGAACACGAGCCGGUGUACACCAUCGGUCUCAGACAGGCUCCGUACCCACCAGCAGAGGAGCAGAGACUGAAGGCUCUGGGUGCAGAUUUCUGCCGCACCAACAGAGGAGGACUCAUUACUUUCCACGGGCCGGGACAGCUGGUCUGUUACCCCAUCCUCAACCUGGGCUGCUUCAAGAAGAGCGUGAGAUGGUACGUGUGUGAACUGGAAAGGACCGUGAUCAAGAUGUGCGGUAAAUUUGGGAUUAAAGCCUCAACUUCUCCGGAUACUGGAGUCUGGGUGGGAGACAACAAAAUCUGCGCAAUUGGCAUCCAUUGUGGAAGAUACAUCACCUCCCAUGGUUUGGCUCUGAACUGCAACACAGACAUGAGCUGGUUUGACAACAUUGUGCCAUGUGGGAUUGUGGGAAAAGGUGUGACCUCACUGAGCCAAGAGCUGGAGCGGGAUGUCCCCCCUGAAGAGGCCAUACCCGAGCUACUAGAAGCCUUCACUGAACAAUUUAACUGCACUUUGACUUAUAAUGGUAGCUUGAGUUGAAACACAUUCAAGACUGUUUCACUGUAAUAUAUUUUUUUUUUAUUAAAAAGUUUAAACAGUU